UCCCCUUUGUUUGAGUUCCUAUAUUUUGAAAGAAAUAAAAAAAUGUCCGCACGUUCGCAAUAGUGUUUAAAUGGCAAAAAAUAUUAGUAAAUCCAAAUAAAAUCGUUCUAAAUGAAUCGGUUUGAGUAUUGUGCAGCCCGGCUGGCGGAAAACGAAUCAUUUGUGGCAAAGGAUCGCAAUAUUAAACUCUACGAUGGCGAUGAAAAAACCAGCUACGAGGACGGUGAAGUCGUCUUGACCAGUCAUCGACUUUUGUGGGGUCGUACCGGAGAGAUUGCACGUGGGGGCAAUGCUCUAUCGCUGCGCUUGAAAUACGUCCAAUCGUUCGAUGAGGAGGAAGCCAGUUCCAUGCUGUUUGGCCGGAAGAAACGUAUCAUUCUUCGGCUGGGACCAAUACUGCCAGACAAAACACCUGGUCCAAUGGAUUACAGUGUAGCUUUAUUCAUCAAAAUUUCCGGGAAAAACGGAGUCGAUGCAGCGUUUGUACAAGCUCUCCAUGAAACAGUGAAUGCUAGAAUCUGGGCAGUUACGGAGGAGGACAAUGCUAACAAGCAAACUUCCGCUGCGGGGUCAACUAAACGGGUUCUCCGUACCGGAAUAAUGGGAAUUGAAAGAAACUUGGUUGAGAAACAGAAGCAAACCGACGAGAAUAUUAGUCUGGCUUUCAAAGACCUAGGGAAGCUUAUGGAGAGAGCCAAAGAAAUGGUUGCGGUUUCCAAGGUGGUUAGUACGAAGAUUCGGGAACGACACGGGGAUAUAUCAGAAGACGAAACCGUUCGCUUUAAAUCUUAUCUGAUGAGUCUGGGUAUUGACGAUCCUGUAACCAGAGAUGGAACCAGAAGUAACUCCGAGUUUUUCAUGAAACUUUCACAGCAGUUGGUUGAAAUGUUGUUGGAUCCUAUAACAGAAUCAGGUGGAAUGAUGUCUCUGGCAGACGUUUACUGUAGAGUGAACCGAGCUCGUGGUCUAGAAUUGUUAUCACCUGAAGAUUUACUUGAAGCAUGUAAACUACUGAUUGGUCCAGUUAAAUUGAGGCAGUUUCCUAGCGGGGCUAUGGUCUUACAAUUGGACAAUCACGACGACGAACUGGUAUCACGAGAAACUGUUGAACUAGUGGAAAAAAGCACAUCAAUCAGUGCUGAUGAGCUGGCACGAGUUGUUGGCAUUUCUCUAUUGUUGGCAAACGAGCGACUCUUAACGGCCGAGCGUCUGGGUAAAUUGUGCCGUGACGAAUCGAUAGAAGGCCUUCGGUUUUAUCCGAACUUAUUUCUUCAAUAAAGCCAUUUAUUCAAAUCCCAUGUGUAA